UAAAAAGAUAUGAUCUAAAAAAUGUUGGUGUGUCACUAUAUUUCUUCACGUUUAACUUUGUGGUUAUAGUUUUUACAAGUUGGUUCAUCUUCAGUGUUUGUUCGCAGAUUUAGCUGCACGUGGAACUGUCUUCUCAAACUUUGGCAGAAUCUUUUGAAAAGAUUGUGAAAAACGGUGAAAAGCCAUGACAGACAAACCAAUGUGGGAGCAAAUCGGCACGGGAUUCGUGCAACACUACUAUCAGCAGUUUGAUUCAGACCGCAUGAAGCUCGCCGACCUCUAUACUGAUGCGUCCUGUUUGACAUGGGAAGGAGAGGGAUUUCAAGGGAAAACUGCUAUCAUGAACAAACUAAAUAGCCUGCCCUUCCAGACCAUCCAGCACAAAAUCACCGCUCAGGACCAUCAUCCAACUCCAGACAGCUGUGUCAUGAGUAUGGUCAUGGGCCAGCUCAAAGCUGAUCAAGACCAAGUUAUGGGCUUUCAACAAGUCUUCCUACUGAAGAAUGUAGACAACAAAUGGGUCUGCACUAACGACAUGUUUCGAUUAGCUCUUCAUAACUUUGGAGCGUAGUUAUAGUGUUUGUAGUUCAUGCAACUUUUGUAUCUGGAGUACAGUUACACAUUUCACACUUGAAACUGUUUUCUUCCUUCUUUUUCAAGAAUCUUUCAUGUCCCUGAUAUCUCCAGAUAAGAAAACCAAGUGAUUAUAAUAAUCUGUAAUUUGUUUGUUGUGGCAUGCACUGUGUGAAAUUGACUCAACAAUAAAUUGAUA